CGGUCCACGGCGGUGUGCGCCUGUGUCUCUUCCGCCAGCCCUCCGCGGGAUCCCUGCAGCGUCUAUUUCCGGGUGUGGAUUCUGUCAUAAAGACGAGACUCCCCCCGUCAAAGGUGGCGUCGUGGGCCCUUCGCGCCUCGCCCAGGGUCAGCGAGCAAGGACAGGCGCGAGCUAGGGUACUUCACAGUCAACGGCUGGAGGCAGUUUUCGUGUCCCGGGCCCGCUGUGGUACCUCCGAUCUCUAGAAGGUGGCUGUAUCUUAGCUCCAGAAGACACCGCCCCUUAGCCCAUGCCAGUGCCCUAAAGUUACUACUGGCCCUGUGAGGGGCUGCAUUUGACACGUCACCCCUCCUCACAUACCACUUCACCCUCUUUGGCGUUAACUUCGUUUUGAGACUCCUCCUCUCCGAGUCCAAAGGUCUUUUUGCCUCAGUUGAAUUUCACUUGUAAAAUAGAGUUUGGAGUUUGGGGUGUCAUGCAGAAAGAUCACCUGUAGUACCGCACCCAUUUGGUAACCUGCCUCCCACCCCCACCACCCAGCGCAUGCUCACUAGAGAGUUUGUGGGGAAAGUGAAAUCCGGAACAUCCAGAAUAUUAUGGCUGAAUAUGGGGCUCAUAUCACAACUGCUUCUGUGGCGGAUGACCAGCCAUCUAUCUUUGAGGUGGUAGCACAAGACAGUUUAAUGACAGCAGUGAGACCUGCUCUUCAGCAUGUGGUCAAGGUUCUUGCAGAAUCAAAUCCUGCCCACUGGGGAUUUCUUUGGAGGUGGUUUGAUGAAAUUUUUACUCUUCUAGAUCUUCUGCUUCAGCAGCAUUAUCUGUCUAAAACCAGUGCCUCAUUUUCUGAAAACUUCUACGGCUUGAAGCGUAUUGUAAUGGGAGACUCUCACAGGUUGCAGACAUUGGCCAGUGCUGGUCUCCCCAAGAAGCACCUCUGGAAAUCAAUUAUGUUCCUGGUUCUUUUUCCCUAUCUGAAAGUGAAGCUGGAGAAGCUAGUUUCUAGCUUGAGAGAAGAGGAUGAAUAUUCUAUUCAUCCCCCUUCUUCCCACUGGAAGCGAUUUUACAGAGCUUUCCUGGCAGCCUAUCCAUUUGUUAACAUGGCCUGGGAAGGCUGGUUUCUAGUACAACAACUCCGAUACAUUUUAGGAAAAGCUCAGCACCACUCACCUCUACUGAAACUGGCUGGAGUUCGACUAGGUCGGUUGACAGUUCAGGAUAUACAAGCUAUGGAGCAGAGACCUGAAGCCAGUGUGAUGCAGCAGCCAGCCAGGAGUGUUAGUGAGAAGAUAAAGUCAGCUCUGAAGAAAGGUGUGGGAGGUGUUGCCCUGUUCCUCUCUACUGGCCUUUCGGUGGGCGUAUUCUUCCUACAGUUCCUUGACUGGUGGUACUCAGCUGAAAAUCAAGAAACUAUCAAAUCAUUGACUGCCCUGCCUACUCCACCACCACCUGUACACCUAGAUUACAACUCUGAUUCUCCUCUGUUGCCCAAAAUGAAGACUGUGUGCCCGCUAUGUCGGAAAACCCGGGUGAAUGAUACUGUUCUUGCCACGUCUGGUUAUGUGUUUUGUUAUCGUUGUGUGUUUAAUUAUGUGAGGAGUCACCAAGCUUGUCCCAUCACAGGUUAUCCAACAGAAGUACAACAUCUAAUUAAACUCUACUCCCCUGAAAAUUGAGAUUAGCUUUCUUACAAUUUAAAUAUUGCACUGUAAGGCCACAGGGCUAUUUUUUAGCAUGGUACAUAGUAUUAACAUCUCUGCUCCAAUUCAUACAAAGAUAUUAACUCUGAACUACAAUGUACAUUUAAAAGGAUAACCCUCACAUUUUUGACAGUUUUCUAGACCUAUUUACAGCUGACCACGCUGGUUAAAGUAAGAGCAUCAAGACUAUAGAGGAUGUGAUGGCUAACACAGAGGAGGUGGAUAAAAAACAAAUAGUACAGAAGCUUUCCUUGUUUUCCUUAGAGAUUAAGCAGUGUAGAAGCUCCCAGGAAAAACCCCAGCUUAGAUCUCACACAGUGGUGGUGAGAGGAAGCAAGCCUCUUUAGAAAAGGAAACAUUUGCCUAUGAGAAGUUUUAUCAUUUACAAACAAUAUGGAACAGAGGUCUGCACCCUUUAGAAAUACUUGAUCAUGUGACCUAUUUGUUAAGUGACAUCUGCUACAGUUUUUCAACAUUUGAGGAUAAGCCAUACCUAUCUUUCUUAGGAAGACACUUAAAAGGAAAAUAAAGGGUGAACCUUUAUAGGGUGUGGCCUAAGAAUUUUAAUGUGACAGCAAAGCUAACAAGCAGUGAAGAGAUAAGCAAAAUCUAGGGGGCUGGGGAUUUAGCUCAGCGGCAUAAAUAGUCGUGAGUUCAAUCCCUGGUACCGGUUUAAAAAAAAUUCUUAGCUAAUUAUAAUGAAAAGACCUUUUAAUAGGCUCUUCCUACUUAUUCUAAAUUGCUUGUUCAACUGGCAUGAAUUAUCCUGAUUGUUAAAGUUUCUAUGAAACAUUUAAAUUUUAAGAGUAGAUGGCAAAGAACUGUCAUGAUUAUGUGGAAACAAAUCUUGAGGCAUUUAAAAUAAAUUUCCAUACACAUCGCC